AUGGCCGACGCCGAUGUCGCUGAGCAGUAUGACCUGCUCCCCAAGAUGAUCCCCAACCUGGAUCGUCACCUGGUCUUCCCGCUGAUCCAGUUCGUUGCCGGCCCGGAGGAGGAGCAGACCGAGCAGGACAGGAAGCUCAGAUACGAGCUGCUCAAGACCACCAACAUGAUCGACUAUGUCGGCGGCCUGCACGCCGAGAUCAACGGCCUCGACCAGCCCGCCGAAGAGUUCAACAAGAAGCGCGAGGAGGUGCUGCAGAAGCGCGAGCAGUUCGAAGAGGACACGAGCAAGAUCCUGGGUCUCCUGGAGGACGAGGCUGUCGUCGGCAACCUGCGCAGCGACAAGACGGCCAACUUGAACUACCUGAAGGACAACCACGGCGUCACCAAUGACAUGGUUGACAAGCUCCUGGAGUUCGGCCAGUUCCUGUACAGCUGUGGCGACUACGAGCGCUCCUCGGAGCUGCUGUACCGCUUCCGUGUGCUCUCCACCGACGACAAGAAGGUCUCCGAGUGCACCUGGGGCAAGCUGGCCAGCAACAUCCUCUCCACCGACUGGGAGGCCGCCAUGGAGGAGGUCAACAAGGUCAAGGAGAGCAUCGACACCAGGCUGUUCAACAACGCGCUUUCUCAGUUGAACCACCGCACCUGGCUCAUCCAUUGGGCUCUCUUCCCCUUCUUCAACCACGAGCCGGCCCGUGACGCUCUGACGGAGCUUUUCUUCUCCCCCGCUUACAUCAACACCAUCCAGACCAGCUGCCCCUGGAUCCUCCGUUACCUUGCCGCCGCCGUCAUCACCAACCGCAGCCGCAGCAGGACCUCCAACCAGUACCAGAAGCAGCUGAAGGAUCUGAUCCGCAUUGUCAAGCAGGAGGGCUACGAGUAUAGCGACCCGGUGACCGACUUCGUCAGGGCGCUAUACAUCGACUUCGACUUCGAGGAGGCACAGAAGAAGCUGGGCGAGGCUGAGGAGGUUCUCAGGAGAGACUUCUUUUUGGUCGCCACCGCCGACGCCUUCGUGGAUGCUGCCAGGCAUCUCAUUUCCGAGUCUUACUGCAAGAUCCACCAGAGGAUAGACAUCAAGGAUCUUUCCACCCGACUCGGCCUCAGCCAGGACGAGGGUGAGAAGUGGAUUGUUAACCUGAUCCGCGACACACGCGUGGAUGCCAAGAUCGACUACCAGGCGGGCACUGUUGUCAUGAACCACCCGCCGCAGUCGGUGUAUCAGCAGGUGAUCGAGCGCACCAAGGGUGGCUUCUUCCGGACACAGGUCCUCAGUGCGGCGGUGGCAAAAUGA